AUGCCAGGGCACUUGGCGUCAGCAAACACAUCCAUCACUAACCAGACGUUUACAUCAGGUACUCCACCCAAGACUUCGGACAUCUUUGCCGACAUGUUAUACAAUCUCUUCCCUGAUAAUGUGCUCGGGAUCGCACUAUUUCAGUCCCGGACAUCGUACGUUGCUGCAAUUCUUGGAUCUGGAAACGAAACAGUGCAGCGAGCAAUACAAAAGGUAGACUCAGUGAACAUGUUGGUUGGACUUUUUGAGUUUUUGUUGUGUUGCUGCUUCAGCUUCACCCCCUUCGGUGUUUGCUCCAUGAUCGCGGGCCCAAUCGCCGGUUUGCGCGACUUAAGCGGCACCUUUAGUCAGCUGGGCCUUUUCAUGGUUACGGUCAUUGCGGCUCUCGUCGCCCACAUGACCAUAAUCUUCAUCAUCUACGCCGCAUUCGCUAGGUUCAAUCCCUUUCGCCUCCUGCCCUACUGCUUCCGCACCUGGCUCAUCUCCAUUACCACUCUCGCCCCAAAAACGCUAAUGAAAUCAAGGCUUUUAGGAGCAGUUAUUUGUUUGCGAUUUCAUCUUUGGGUUGUACUUAUUCGGUGUAUUGACCUUAGUGUUGUCGCCAUUCCUGACAUGUACAAUGCCAGUGACACUUUCGGAAUAGACCCUAAGGUCUCUCGAUUCGUUGUUCCACUCACAGCAGCCUUGAAAGGCGAUGGAUCAGCCGCUUUUCUCGGUGCUUCCGCUAUUUUCAUCAUUCAACUUACCAAUACACCGAUAACUCCCGCGAUGAUCGUUAUCAUCAUUUUGGUCAUUUUGGUAACGAUUCUUGCAUCACUUGGAGUGGCAGUCAACUACGUUGGUUUGCUGUUCGCGAUUGACUGGUUUAUGACCUCAUUACCCACGUUUGUGGUAACAGAAUCAGCCUGA